GAUGGAGAAGAUCUAUGAGUGAAAUUGACCUGUUCUCAGUAGAGAACCUGUGAAAACACCAGCUUGCUCUCCAGGUCCGAGAGGCGUCCUCUGGUGGUGAUCUUGGAGAACAGCUCCCCUCCACUGGCAUACUCCAUCACCAGUGAGUGGAACACUAAGCAAACACCUCGAUCACAGAAACCUUUUUACACAGCGAGCGUGCUGCAAGAGGCAGAGUCACUUUGUGUACAUCGGGCAAGAUAUUUCAGGGAGUCCUGUCAGCGUAGAUGUAGGAAUGUGCAGAUCACAUUGCGGGAUAACCACUAGAUCAUCGCAAGAAGCAAGACAUCAGGAAUACUCAAAGCAUUCCUCAAUGCUGGAAUUCCUAAGGAGCAAAAAGAUGAGGACUCGCGGUCCGGCAGCUCCAGAGAUCCCAGAUCACCUGAACCGGCUGCCUUCCUGCGGGGCGGACCAGCUGUGCGAGCCGACGGGGGUGCGCGUGGAGCGGCUGCUGCUGUUCCAGGGGCCCCGGGAGGUGGAGGUGAUCGAGGAGUGUCAGUGUGAGAUCAAACUAAGCCAGUGCAUCAGAGUCCCAGCUUUGAGGACCUACUACUUCCAAACCCCGUACGAGGCGGUUAUAGACGUGGGAGGAUGUUCUCGCUCGAAAGGAGCCGAAGGUGGUUUCUCCUGUGUCCCCACAAAGUUUGACUCAGCAUUACUGGAAACGCCCAACAAAGUGGAUGUGAUCCAGACGGUGGCGGCCUGUGAACUGAAGGAGAGCUGCUACAGGAUCCCCUACAUAGAGUACUACUAUGAAACAGUCCACCAUGCCGAUGGAGUCAGAGAAGAGAGGCUCAAAGAAAUAGAUGUAGGCAGAUGUUUGGGAGGUUGCACAACAGGAAGCCGAUGCCUUCUCAGGAGUCCAUCUGAUGAGGAAAACUGCCUCUUGUGGUCAGAUAGACAGUCCAGCUCCUGUGUUCCUAAGGGGUAUGAGAGCCACAGCUUCAUCAACCCACAUGGACAGAUUCGCACUGUCCUAUCCAUCACCUCCUGCCUUUGUCAAAACUGAACACAGCGCACUCUGGUGGAAGACAACUUCUCUUCCUUUCCUCAUGCAGAUUUACUAAACUUUAUCUGUCAAACCUCUAUUUUUGUUGUUCUUGUUUAAUAUGUAAUAUAUGUAUAAAUGAUAAUUUUGUAAAUAAAAUG